AAAGAGAGAGAGAGAAAGAGAGAGAGAGAGAGGGAGACCUGAUACAGAGAGAGGCUGAUCUGAGCGCGUGCAGAAGAUCGUUUCAGCAGACGGAGAAGUCGGACGGAGCAGAGCCGCAGUCAGACAGUUGGAGGACGAGGACAUCUGGACAGAUCCCUUCACCCAGUAACAUCAGGGAGCAGCUUCAGGUGUGAGUCUCCAUGGCAACAGAUAUGUUUGUGCUGCUGAGCGUCUGUCUCAGUGUGAGCGUGGCGAUCAACAUCGACACGUCGUUUCCGGUGCUGAAGGCAAUCGGGAGCAAGAAUCUGUUUGGAUUCUCUGUUGCUCUGCAUGAGGAUCUGGAAACGGGGAAAUACCUGCUAUUGGUCGGCGCUCCCAGGGAGAAGGCGGAGCCUCACGUUGCAGCCUAUCGGACAGGAGGCGUGUACAGCUGCCCGGUCACGGCUAACCCAUCAGAGUGCAGCAGGAUAAAAUUCAUAGAUCAAAACCUGGACCCCACUAAGGACCAGCUGGAGGACAUGUGGUUGGGCGUCACAGUAGCCAGUCAGGGCCGACCUGGAGGGAGGGUCCUGGCAUGUGGGCACCGGUUCGUCAGGGUGUACCAAGGAGAUAGAAAGCUAAUUGGCCGGUGCUAUCUCCAUAGAAUCGGCCCACGUCGUGAUGAAGAGCCGCUAAACUGGGAGCAAAUACAGCAGCACUGCGAUUACAGGAAGGAUCACACUGGUGAGGGCAUGUGCACUUUUGGAAUCUCCGCCUUCAUCACGCACACCGACGCCAUCUUUGGCUCACCUGGGAGCUACAGUUGGCGGGGAAAUGUUUAUGCCUUCUGGAUGGAUCCGAACAAUGAACUUAUUUCGUCAAAGAACUCCUUUGACUACAAGAACUCAAGUUAUAGGAAUAUUUAUUUAGGAUACUCGGUCACUCAGGCUCUUCAUCUUCUCUCUGCAGAGAGUCAAACCAUCGUAGCAGGGGCUCCCAGAGACAAUAAAAUGGACGCCCGUGGUUCUGUGAUGCUGGCAGUCAAGCGGUCCAAUGAUCUGGUGAUUCAGCAGACUCUACGAGGUCAGCAGGUUGGCUCAUACUUUGGUAACGUCGUGGUAGCCGUAGACCUCAACAGCGAUGGGUGGAAAGACCUGCUGGUGGGCGCUCCUUUUUACUUCAACCGCCAGCAGGAGGUGGGCGGGGCAGUUUAUGUUUACAUGAACGCAGGAGGGAGGUUCCACUCUGAACCCACCGUGGUUCUGAUGGGUUCAGUUGGAUCUGCUUUUGGAAUGGCUGUUGCUGCAGCAGGGGACCUCAACCAAGAUGGCUACCAGGACUUUGCAGUGGGAGCUCCUUUUCACGAUACUGGAUGCGUGAUGAUCUGGACUGGGAGCAAAGACGGAAUCUCUGCAAAACCGAGUCAGAUGAUCGAAGGACGUUCUGUAUCUCCUGGGUUCAGGACUUUCGGGUACUCCCUGGCUCCUGGUGUGGAUGUUGAUGGAAACCACUACCCAGACCUGCUGGUCGGCUCUCUGGAUGAUACCGUCGCCCUCCUCAGAUCUCGCCCUGUCAUCCAGCUGAACGCCACGUUAAGAGUUUCUCCAGGUGUGGUCGCCCGAAAUAAGACCGAUAUCAAGGUGGAGGUGUGCUUCUUCUUCAAGUUCAAUGCUGGAGAAAACAUCAGCAGCAUCUCUGUGAACUUUACUGUGAGUGGUGACGUCACCAGUAUCUCGCCCCGCCUCCGUUUCCAUGACAGCAGACAGAGCGUGUACUCCAGCAUCCAGUCAGUGGGGAAUGGAAAGUGKAAAACCCUGAAAGCCGGACUGCUGAGUGCCAUCCAAAACGUGGUGGAGCCUCUGGUGUUCUCCCUGAACGUCUCUCUAAAUGAGAAACUUCCCAACAGAAGCAAUGUUGUUCAGAAUCUGAAGCGCUUCCCCAUCCUAAGCCCGACACCUCCACUCAUCAAAACCAUGAUUCACAUCGAGAAGGCCUGCGGGUCUGAUAACGUCUGUCAAAGUAACCUUCAGAUGGUGGCCCGGUUCACAGAUGAGGAUCACAAACCCUUCCCCAUGCAGGACGGCAACCAACUGCUGAACUACAACAGCAGCAUCAGGAGGUUAUUUCUGGAGGUCAACGUCAGCAACACGGCGUCACCAGGUCGACUGGCAGAGGAUGCCCACAACACUGUCCUCAACAUCAGCGUCCCGCCGUCGCUUGUUUACUCUGGAGUCCACAAAAAGGGGGGCAGCUCAGGAGCCAUUGAGUGUUCUGUUGAAGGGGCCUCUCUUCUCUGUCAGCUGGGGAACCCCUUCAGAAGCAACCAGAAGAUUGAGAUGUUCAUUAAAUUUGAGCCAUCUGCAAUCGCUUUGGACACCAAGGAAAUCCAGACUCAGCUGGUCCUGUCCACGCUCAGCAACCAGUCAGAUCUGUCUCCAGUCUUCGUCUCCUUGCUGGUGCAGUAUUCCCUGCAGGCGACUCUCACUCUAAUCAAACCGGGUUCGGUCUUCUUCGGUGGUCAUGUGGUUGGUGAGCGUGCCAUGAAGAGCACGGAGGACGUGGGCAGUCCGGCGGUCUUCACCUUUCAGGUUCACGUCCAGGGAAAGCCUCUAGGUCACCUUGGCGACCUGGAGGUCGAGUUUGAUUGGCCGAAGGAGGUGGCGAACGGAAAGUGGCUGCUGUACCUGACAGAGAUCAGCUUGGAAGGCACCUCGAAUCGUCAAUGUACACACGGCGACAUCAUCAACCCUUUGAAGCUUGUGAUGUCCGAUGAUGAGAGGAUGAUGAGGAGGAGUCUGGGGAUGAAGGGAGAGGAGGAAAGGAAACAACAAGAGAAAACUCUCCCAGUCCUCAGCAUGCAGAGACAGAGGAAGACCUUUAAACUGAACUGCAGCAGCGGGGCCAGGUGUGUGAAGUUCUCGUGUCCUCUGCUCAACAUGAACAACUCUGCAACUCUGACGGUGAAGAGCCGGCUGUGGAACUCCACCAUGAUUGAGGACUACAGAGAUGCUAGCAGUGUGUUGGUUCAAGGCCAGGCCACUUUGAAGUUGAAGACCACGAAGAGCACCGUCACCAUGAAGUCGUCCCCCUCACCGAUCGAGGUCAACAUUUACCCAGAGUUUGAGCUGCAGCUGAACUCUGGCGCCCCCUGGUGGAUCAUAGUGGUGUCAGUCCUGGCUGGAGUUCUGCUGCUGGCUCUGAUCUGCGUUCUGCUCUGGAAGUGUCAGUUCUUUGUGCGUCCUGAGGCGUGGCAGACGGCGGUGCUCCAGCAGAGGAGGAUUAUGGGUAACACCGAGCAGCAUGUCGAUGAUGAUGGUUUCCUGAUCCAGGAACAAGUGACCUCGACCCAGAACCGGAAGAUCCAGAAACACUGGGUCACCAUUUGGACUGAAAGCCACUGAGAGACCUCUGGUAUCCAUGGAAACGGAUCUUAUACCAAACUGAACCAAUCCGGACCAAAUCCGAUCAACACUGCCAGGCUGCUGCCAGUCGCUUCACCUGUUUACCCUGAGUUCACUCAGAGGUGGAGCUGCGAACUCAAAGAUUUCUUAUUGGUACAAUUUUUAUUGAUCUGUGUCUGAUUGGCCCUCAGCCACUGGAAAGGAUCAACUGAUCCAGCAAGGUUUUAUUUUGAAGGGCUAUGUUCUAAAUAUUGGAAUGCUCCUUUAAGGACCUGAUGUUGCUGCAGGGUCAGCGUUUCUGUCCAUGCUGCCUUCAUGACUCGUCUGUAAAUUUGUCCUGCUGCCUUCAGGUGCUGCGUGGUCCAGUGUUGUUCGUGCUGUAGACAUGGGUGUACAGUUUUGUAAUUUCUGACAGCCACUGAAAGCAGCUCUAGUCUGUGUGUUUUAGAAUUCCCUGCUGUGCCAAUGGAUGUUUUGUCUGUAUGCUGAUGAUAUUAAAGUAUUUUUUUUACUAUU